UGAAUCAGGCAGCAGGGAGACACACACACACACACACACACUCGCAGUUAGAUACACGCACGGGGUUUACAGAGAACAAGCAGACGCAGAAGGCAGGGAACAAGCCCCCGACGUCCCUUUCCUCGUCCCUUCGAGUAAUUCACAGAGCCAAAUGCCCGGUCCGACACAAGCUCUGUCCCCCAAUGGAGAGAACAACAACGACAUCAUUCCGGACAACGGGACCAACAUCAUUCCCUAUAGAAAGAACACGGUGCGCGGCGAGCGCGCCUACAGCUGGGGGAUGGCGGUCAAUGUGUAUUCUACCUCAAUCACUCAGGAGACUAUGAGCAGGCAUGACAUCACCGCAUGGGUGAAUGAUCUGCUCAGUCUAAACUACACUAAAGUUGAGCAGCUCUCAUCAGGAGCGGCGUACUGUCAGUUCAUGGACAUGCUGUUUCCUGGCUGCAUCAGUCUUAAGAAGGUGAAGUUCCAGGCCAAACUGGAGCAUGAAUACAUCCACAACUUCAAACUCCUGCAGGCUUCCUUCAAGAGGAUGAACGUCGACAAGAUCAUCCCUGUCGAGAAACUGGUCAAGGGACGGUUUCAAGACAACCUGGACUUCAUUCAGUGGUUCAAGAAGUUCUUCGAUGCCAACUACGACGGGAAGGAAUACGACCCGCUGGAGGCCCGGCAGGGACAGGACGCUAUUCCUCCUCCAGAUCCCGGAGAGCAGAUCUUCAACCUGCCGAAGAAAUCCCUCCACGCCGCCAGCUCUCCCACCGCAGGUGCAGGAGCCACUAGAUCAGCCAGCUCAACCCCGAAAGCCUCCAGCGCCACCGCCACGUCUCGACCCUCGUCUGCUAAAAAGCUGCCGGUGCUGUCAUCCACCCCCGCUAAAGGAGAGAAAGAGCUGGAAGCCCAAGUAACGCAACUAAACGAACAGCUCAACACCAUUAAGCUAGCGCUGGAAGGCGUGGAGAAGGAGCGGGACUUUUACUUCGGGAAGCUGCGGGAGGUUGAGCUCUUGUGUCAGGAGCAGGGUCAGGAGAGCGGAGCCUUCGGGGAGAGACUCAUGGAGGUGUUGUACUCCGCAGAUGAGCAGGAGGCCGGCGGGGAGGGGCACGAGGCUCCUGCGCAGGAGGAGGACGUCCCAGACGACACGCAAGACGAAUACUAAACAGCUGUCAAUCACACACACACAUACACGCACGCGGCCAGAGAACUGCUUUCGGGUUCAGCGUUUUCUCCAAACUCGUCAUGGUUUCUUUUUUCCUUCGGUCUGUGAAGGACUGAGACAGAUUGGCCAAAUAAUCGAUUACGUCUUUUGUCCUUUGUUUUAUUGUGAUGUACAUCUGACGGCUUAAAUAACACAACGCAACUACGCUUUUCCUUUAGCCAAAGUCUUACCACACUGAUGAAGUACUUUUUGAUUUGGUGAGUUUUCUGCCCCAGUUCAGUAGUAGUGUUGUUGUUGUUGUUGUUUUUUAGAGGUUUUAGAUUUGACAUCUAAAAUGGAACCGGGACAUUUUAAAGAAACACUGCAAUAACCAUUUGUGAUGUGGUUCAAAUCAUUUGGGAACAAAACCUUUUGGCUUAUUUACAAAAAUUGCUUGCACCAGAAUACCAUAGUAACUACAGUUUUUCUUACUCUUUUGACAUUUGUGGUAACUUGGUGCUGCUAAGAAUGACACGCAUGAUUCUGAAAGCUUCUUACAAAACAAAUGAAGCUUCCAGCUACGAGCAAUUUAUCCGUCCUCAUUUAAUGCAGAUACUGAUGCACAGAACAUUUCAUGGUUAAUGAACGAAAAAAGGUUUUUUGCCUCGUUGUUUUGUCUCAUGUAAACAAUACUGUAGAGACUAUGGUAUUUUGUCAAUGGUUACCAUGGUAAAAUUGUUUUGUCUGACAUAGGUUUGUGUUUUAAGCAUUGGCGUUUAAUGCAUACUGGUUCUAUGCAUGGGAAUAUAAACUUUUUUAAGUUUUAUAUUAUGUUGUAUUUACUUUGAGCAUUUUGUGUCUCAACUUCGCAGGGGUGGAAGCCAAUGACAGUGUUUAUUAGACUGCAUUUCAUUUCGAACCGUGCAAUCCGUAUUCUGCAUCUUAACGUGUUAGUAUUUUAUUUUGUGUUGAGAAAAACAGGCAUCAUCUGAAGAAAACACUGCGUACUGAAGUUUUUACUUAUGUUGUUGUAAAGCACAGGUCUUUAUAGCAGAAGAUCUUCUGAACAGAAAACAAUAUUCUCGUCAAUAUUAUCUACAGGUCAACGCUUAUGUCAUUUAUUAUUGUGUACAAUGAAAAGGAAUGUAAACAUAUGUACUGUUAAUAAUUAUAAAUAGACAAUGUUUUUCUUUUUUAUUACCCUCACGGUAUCUCCCCUUAUGCAUUCCCCAAAUGUGUCGCAUGUUUGCAUUUUAUUUGUGAAUAACUUGACCUGCUUUUUACAUACAGUAUUUAAUAAAAAAGAAAAGAAAAAAUAUGAUGUUAAAUGUUUUUUUUGUAUGUUUAACUGUUAAAUCUCUGGACGUAUGGAUAGACUUGCUCUAAUAAAACCCAUCACUUUAAAAGG